AUGGGGCAUUAUCAGCAAUUGUUGUCAGAUGCAGAUCUCUCAGGAUCAAAUUAUAAUGAUAUUAGUGUUAUUGUUACUGUUACUACCAUUACUGCAACUACUCCUAUUGCAACCACUGCUACUACCUCUAAUAUUACUAUUAUUACUAUUACUUCUGCUGCUCCUUCUGCUUCUAGUACUACCACCACCACUACAGCUGUCACUACAAUUACCACUACUUCUACUACUACAACCGCUGUUGCUUCUUCUACUAGGCCCAAUAUUAUUAGCGUCACUACUACUGUCAUUAGCUUGGAUGCAAGUGUCACAAUACCUGUACCGGACACAUCCAUCAGCGAAGUACCUCCUGCCCUGAGACGAGAUGUACAUGACACUCUGGACGUUAUGCACACGACACACUCUAAACGUUAUGCACACGACACACUCUAA